UCAAGAAUAGGAUGUAAAGUACCUACAGAGAUAUCCAUCUGCCCUUCCCUUUAGCAUAGCUCCACUGAUUCCGUUCUAUCAACAUGGCUGCCCCAGCCACCGAAGCAGAACUAAAGGCCGACGCGGAGAAGAACUCCACCACAAGCCGAUUUUUCUACCGCCAGCUCUGCUUGACUCCCAUUCUGCCACAGAAUGUGAGCCUCAAAGGGAAAACCGCCAUCGUAACGGGUGCCAAUCAGGGAAUCGGUCUAGAAACAUCCCGUCAACUUCUCGAUCUGGGGCUGAGUAAGCUCAUCAUCGCCGUGCGCGAUGAGUCGAAAGGUAAAACCGCUCGCAAAAACCUAUCACAAGGUCGCAGUCUAGCCGAUGACGCGAUCGAAGUCUGGAAACUGGAUAUGCUGUCCUAUGAGUCGAUUACCGCUUUCGUGGAGCGGGUGAAGACCUUGGAACGUCUGGACAUUGUGAUUCUUAAUGCGGGUAUUAUGAAGCAAACUUUCGAAGUCACAUCAUCCACGGGCCACGAAGAAACUAUUCAGGUGAACUACUUGUCUACAGCGUUACUCGCCAUAUUGCUUCUUCCUAUUUUCAAUGUCAGAGCUAAAGGCAGAGUGUCAGCCAACGACGCACCCGAAGCCCAUCUAGUAUGGGUACAAACAGAAGUAGCUGGAUGGGCCAAAUUCAAAGAGAAGGACAGCACACCAUUACUUGCCGCUCUCGACAAGCCAGAGACCUUCAACAUCAUGGAUCGCUACGGGACCUCCAAACUACUCGGCCAGCUCUUCGUCACAGAACUAGCGAAGCGAGCUCAUGGGCAGUUCAUGCAAGAAUGUAUAGUACAAGCGAAAGCGGCUUUUGUUUAUCAGGAUGAUGGGGGUCGGGUCACGCAGCAACUUUGGAAAGAGACGAUGGCUGAGUUAUCUUUUGCUGGAGCGGAGGAUAUUGUACGAGAGUUGAGUAAGUGA